AUGGUUUACUCUACCAGACAAAUUGGUGCUAAGAACACUUUAGAAUACAAGGUUUACAUCGAAGAAGAUGGUAAGCCAAUUUCUGCAUUCCACGAUAUCCCAUUAUAUGCAGACAAAGAAAACAAUAUUUUCAACAUGGUUGUUGAAAUCCCACGUUGGAGCAACGCCAAGUUAGAAAUUACCAAGGAAGAUGCUUUGAACCCAAUUAUUCAAGACACUAAGGAUGGUAAAUUAAGAUUUGUUAGAAACUGUUUCCCACACCAUGGUUACAUUCACAAUUACGGUGCUUUCCCACAAACUUGGGAAGAUCCAAACCAAGCCCAUCCGGACACUAAGGCUGUUGGCGACAACGAUCCAAUUGAUGUUUUAGAAAUCGGUGAAACCAUUGCUUACACCGGUGAAGUUAAACAAGUUAAAGUUCUUGGUGUUAUGGCUUUAUUAGAUGAAGGUGAAACUGACUGGAAGGUUAUUGCCAUUGACGUCAAAGACCCAUUAGCUCCAAAACUAAAUGACAUCGAAGAUGUUGAAAAAUAUUUCCCAGGUUUAAUAAAGGCCACCAACGAAUGGUUCAGAAUUUACAAAAUUCCAGAUGGUAAGCGUGAAAAUCAAUUUGCCUUCUCCGGUGAAGCUAAAAACAAGAAAUACGCCUUAGAUGUCAUUAAGGAAACCAACGAAUCUUGGAAACACUUAAUUGCUGGUAAGUCUGUUGACAGUAAGGGUAUUGAAUUAACUAACACUACUUUAACUGAAACUCCAAGUUACUCUGCUGCUGCUGCUUCUGCUAUUCCAGCUUCUUCUCCAAGGGAAGAUGCUCCAAUUGAUAAGUCCAUUGACAAAUGGUUCUUCAUUUCUGGUUCUGCUUAA